CAUUGUAGUCUAAAACAUGUGUUUUUGAUGCUCCUAUCAAUGGUAUUUUGAUAAUUUUUUAAGAUCAAAACAACUAUUGACCCAGUGAAGAAUUUCAUUCUAAAUCUAAAUAUAGAAACAAUUAUGGCAAGUUUGGUAAAGAGCACGUAUGUACGGAAAAUACAACUACUAAAGGAAAAUAUCUUGCGAACUGCUGUGAGGAAUUAUAAGCCGAGACGAGCCCUCAUGUAUGUACCUGGCAACGAUUUACGGAAAAUAAGUAAGAUAUCUAGUCUAAAUGUCGAUUGUAUCGCACUAGAUUGUGAAGAUGGAGUGGCGUUCAAUAAGAAGGAUGAAGCUAGGCAAACGAUACAAGAUUCUUUAGCUCAAUUAGUUUCAAAUUCGGAAAUUAAAAGUGAUAUAGGCGUUCGAGUCAAUUCCAUUGAUAGUGAUAUGUGUGAAAAAGACCUGGAAGUUUGUUUAUCUGGAAAGGUGUUACCUCAUACUGUAUUGUUGCCAAAGGUUGAAGAGAGUGACCAUCUGCGAUGGUUUUCAGAAAAAUUGGACAAAAGUAUCCAAAGCAGCAACAAAGUUAAUUUAAUAAUUUAUAUCGAAUCAGCCAAAGCAUUUACAAACUUGACGGAAAUAUGUAAGACUGCUGUAGAGUUAUCGGAAAAAUCAAAGUUUGUACCAAACUCAUUGGUAUUUGGAAGCGAUGAUUUCUGCGCGAGCAUAGGAGCUACAAGAACUGAAGAUGCAAUAGAAGUCCUCUAUGCAAGACAGAUGUUGGUGUUGAACGCCAAAGCGUUUAAUUUACAAGCAAUAGAUAUGGUGUACAUCAAUUACAAAGAUCUGGGUGGAUUGAAACGUCAAAGCGAACAGGGCAUGCGAAUGGGAUACACAGGCAAACAGGUUAUACACCCAGGUCAAAUACAGGUUGUACAGGAAGCAUUUUUGCCCAGUGAAGAGAAGAUAGAGUGGGCUCGAGGACUUCUGCAUGCUUUUAAAGAGCAUCAAGCAACAGGAAAGGGGGCGUUCACUUACAGGGGAAGUAUGAUAGAUAUGCCAACCAUGAAGCAAGCUCAGAACGUUAUAGACCUGGUCAAUUCCACCAAAAAAUAAAAAAUCUACCUGGAUAUAAUGUAGCAUUAAAAAAGAAAGACUGAUAGCUUAAUUAUUAUUUUUAAACAAUUACUUUUUAAUGAUUUGGUUGUGCAUGUUGAAGUUUUAUAUGACGGAAGUUAAAGGCGUUCAUUCACUAGGCGUUACUGUACUUUAUAUGUAUGAAAACUGACUUGUUUUAUUGACGGUAUGUGUUUGAUUUAGAGGUGGGUAUAUUCUAAAAGAACCGUUAUAUAGGAACUUACUAGCAAGAGGAAUCAAAGGAACCGGUUCUAUGAUCUCAGAUUUUUAAUUAAAACAUAUCCAAAGAAUAGUUGCCUUCAUCAAGCUUUUCAUUUGAUAUUGUUGAUACUCCGGCGAGGAGUAUAACCAAAUUAUUUUUCGCUAAACUAGAUACUAUAUUAUUUAAAGGUGAAGAAAGGCAGUUCUAAACCUGCCGUUAUUUAGGAAUGCCACAAAAACUUAAAUCAAAUGAUCCGAAGUCAACCGUUACAAUGUUCUAUAAAAUUCGUAUUUAAGUGUUUGGUCUGUAUUUGCAACUUUCCUUAAUUUUUUCACCUACCGUGUAAUAUAUUGUUAUGAUCUGCUUUCUCUUACUUUUAUAAUAAUUAGUAAUUAUUUAAUUAAUUAUUCAGUUGUCGCAAAUCAUACAUAAAAAAUUAAGAAAAAUCUCAGGGUGCCUUUUUGUCAUAAACAAAAUAACUAAAUUAUCUUAGGUUAUACUGAUCUUUUCUCGUGGCUUCAGUAUCUCUUAGUUGAUCCUUAUCGGGACAAAAUAGGAAAAGGAAAUAAAUAGAAGUACCAUAAAUAAGCACAUACAAAUACCUUUAUUAUCAAAAGCAAUGCUCUGAAAAUUUAUCAAUUAAAUCCUGUAGGCAUAACUGUCCAAAUGAAACUUUUACCAUAUAAAUUAAUCUAAUUCAAACAAAUAUUUAUCGCUUUUUUCUUGAUACCAUUAAUAAAACAAGCUAAACAAACAAAUUUAGGUAUUCGCAAAACUACUUAUACUUCCUAUUACAUUUUUGAAAUGUUGGAAUCUUAAUUCAUAUGCUUUUACGCAAAAAGAAAUUAACUUCUGAUUAUAAAGAAAAUCUAUCACGUAAGUUAUUGACUGACCUUUUUGAUUCACACACAAUGAUGUCUCCUCUUGACCCAAACAUCUCCUCCUUGUUGAUUAUGUUAGGCUACCAAUCAAAGCCCUCUCCGUUCUCAGCAUCAAUCCAGCAGCGUACCAGCAAGUAUUUCUCCAAAACACGAGCCAGGCCUCUUUUGACCAGUACUCGUUCAAUAAACUCCAAAACUCUCUCCUCUCUUUCUCACAAUAAUAAUCUCCUGAGACCCAAGUAUCUUUUUUACUUGGUGUCACAAAUAAUUUCAAUAACUUUAGUUCUUGUAACUUACUCUCUUGGACAUAACAGAAUCAAAGAGGUAUUUCUUCUCAAUUUGAUUUGUCUCUCGUUCCACUUUUCAGCUAUUCUUCACUAUCAAACAACCAAUAGUAUUUGCUUCUGAACUACUCACGAAAACUUUUGACUGCUCUUAUCGGAUGCGGAUCACAUAAUAAUAUCCAUUUCCAAACUGUCUGAACAUUCAAACUUCUCUCUCCCCAUUCCAAAUUGCCAAGCCAAUCAGAAACAUUUCUCUCUCCACAUUCCCCUUUUUUCAUUCGAAAAAACCCAUGCAUUCUUUCAACAAAUACUUCUACUCAUCAUAAUUACUUUUCGGGAAUUCUACAAAUAUUCUUGGGCUUAAACAAAAGGACUUAAAAUUCCAAAUUUCUCUACCUUAUUUUUCUAAAAACUAAUAAUUACAAUUAUCUGUGGAUUUUGCCUUUCCCGUAACAAACAAUCUUUUUAAAUUAUAAUCCGAAGUAAAUUGUCUUUUCACUUCACUUAUUUACAAAUGUCUUUAAUUCUUCAGGGAAAAACUCAUUAAGGAUAAACCACUGCGUAAAAGCUAACUUCUAAUAAAUAGUUACAAAUCAAUAUACAGGGUGUAUCAAAUUUAUGUGCCCGCGUUAUAUUAAAAAUUAAAUUUUUAUUCUAUCUUUGAUUGACAAAAUGAUACACAAUAAUAUAAUACAUUCGAUUACAGUAACGUAUAGUGAAUGGAACAUCGGAAGUAUGAAGAUAUGUGUAGGUCUUUAAUGCUAGUAAGUUAUAUUUUUUUAAAUAAAAACUGACGCAUUA